AGUUAUGACAAAAAUGACACGAAUUUCAAAUAUUUUAAAUUCUUUUAGCCUUUAGUUUAGUAACAUAGUUUUAUAAAAUUUUCUAUUACAUUACAUAAUUAUUUAGCAGUUUAGUUUUCCAAAUUCAUCAAGAUGGCUAAAGAAGUUACCAUGUGCACACAACUCCAAAAAUGGAGCCCCGUCAAGGACUCGGCGGGCUCCGCCACGCAACCUCCUCAGGUGGGCUACUGCUUCCACACGCCAAAGAAGCAUCCUUGGAGACCGAUCAUGGGCUACGAGGAGAUUGAAGUGACACCAAUGCCGUCCCAACCGAUCACGAACACGAUGGUGGACCCGUGCUACACGCCGGCGGGCAUGGCGGCGGAACCACUGCGCUUCCCCAACUUGGUGACCGGCUUCGAUCGGAGUCCAGAGCACGCCGCCCGAGCUGCUUUGUAUACGAGGUACACCCAGUACGAGUGGAAUCAGAACAGCAUAAAGAACUACAAUGAGUCGGACGCCAAAAGGAACUUCUCCGAGCGCGUCCGGAACGAUAUCAUGAGGAUGCUUAGGGAGACGGACGAGAUCGGCACACAGGGCCAGAGGGACUCUGGCAGACGUAUCGGAGAACGAAUCACAGAUACUACCUUCUGGAGGAAUGAGGUGUCGAUCGAGAUGGAGCGACUGGUGUCGACGUGCGAGCGCCUGAACGACAUGCGGCGGCAGCUGGAGCGCGCGGUGGCCGGCAUCGAGGGCCCGCUGCACAUCGUGCAGGAGUGCCUCUACCACAGGGAGAAGCGGCAGGGCUUGGAGCAAGUCCACGACACGGUUGAGCAAAGUCUGCUCAAAGAAGUCGCCAUACUCCGGGAAAGUCAAGAGAAGUUCAAGAAUAUGCUAGACAAGGUCAGACAGCAGUCGAAGAAUUGCCGUGCGACGCAGCACGAACUGGAGUCCGAUAUGAGGAAUAAGGAGUAUGCUCUUGGUAUAGACUCCAUGUGUCAUCAGCUGAACAACUUCUCUAAGGGUCUGCAAUUCUACGCGGGCAUUGAGCGCUACGACCCGUCGGUGUGCGACACGCAGCGCUGGGCCGCCGCCAGCGCCGCCACGCUGCAGCGCUCGCAGUCCGAGCGCGCCAAGGCUAUUCAGAUGCUCAGUGACGCGGACAACAUGAUCAACGUGGCCGCGACCGAGAUCUGGGACCAAUGGAGCAACAGCAACAGCGCGUUCACGCGCCGCAUCGCCGAGACCAUCGAGAUCAAGAACAAGUUGCAGCUGCAUCUGCAUAAGGUCCAACAAGAGAUCUUCGACAUCGAGAAGACGCUGGAGUUGCUGAACAAGGCUAUAGAGGACAAGCUGCAGCCUAUGAAGGUGGCUCACACGCGGCUGCAGGCCCGGACCAACCGCCCGCAUCUGGAGAAGACCAGGGACGAGGCGCAGAACAGACUGGUGAAGGAGGUGUGCGACCUGCACGAGGCGAUGGAGACGCUGCGCAGCAAGAUCGCGACGGCGGAGGGCACGCACCAGACGCUGCUGGGCGUGCGCGCGGGGCUGGAGGCCGACCUGCGGAACAAGUCCACGACGCUGUUCAUCGACCGCGACCAGUGCAUGGGCCUGCGCAGGGGCUAUCCCGUCACCGCCGCCAUCAAGUCCUAGUGCCCGACCAACCAAAUUCAAUAAAAGUGUUCACUGGC